CAUCGAGGUGCGCGACUUCUACAAGCACAGCGCGCCACGCCACGCAAGCGUCGACGCGCUGUUGGCAGAUCUCGAUAAGGUCGCGGCUGGGGUUAAGGUCGUCCCCGCCAUUAUUGCGAAUGCUGCAGCCAGAGAGGGGGGCAACCCCAUGCACAGCUUUCACCAGCACCAGGUGAACAAAGACAAGUACUGUCUUUCAGACGAGCUCGCGAUCGACGAGUUUCGUCAGCUGCAUCGGAUCCUAGCUUCCGCGGCCAGCUGCAGAGAAGAGGCUCAGUCCGAGGCCGCAUGGAACGCGCUCGCGCACAGCCCGCUCCUGCACCAUGCCGUCGAGUCAUCCCAGUGUCCCCAAGUCACGCCUUUCAUCGCAACAACCGCCCGCAUCAUCCCGGCCCUACUUCCGCGCAACAUCUACACCGGACACGCCGUGGGCGGCCGGCUCGUCUUUUCACCAUCCAGUGAACCCCUUUAUGUUGCCGAGUCUCGAAGCCCAAAGCCAGGUGACCGGUCGCAUGAUCAACUACGUGGCAAAAGCACAAGCAUAGGGAUCCGCAUUGGCCAUGACAACAUCCUCUUCAAAGUAAGGCGGGGGAAUCUGGAGUUCCGUCAUCAGAUGCGCACACAAUACGGCAUUUGAGCUGGCUCACUUACCGCAUCAUGAUUCAAAGUCCUAGCGAGUUCUCGUUCACUCAGGUCCGGGUAACAGCCCGGGAAGAACGGAAAGUUGCCUUCAUGAGACACAGGCUUGUUAAUCGGCCGGUAACGGG